AUGUUUGCGAAGCCGAGACCAAAGAAGAGCAUCCUCCCCCCGCCAAGCAAAAAGCGCAAGUAUGGUGUUGAAGAGGUCUCCUUCGACUUUGACGCUCGACACGAAUAUCUCACUGGCUUCCAUAAGCGGAAACAACAGCGUAUAAAGCUGGCACAGGAAGAAGCUGCCAAAAGGGCACGGGAGGAGAGACUAAGAACAAGGAAACAGAUUCGAGACGAACGCAAGCGAGAAGUUGAAGAGCACGUCGAGCACGUCAACAAGCUGCUUCGGGAAUCUGGUGCCAUUGAGGUCGAUAGCGCCGAUGAGCAAUCAGGGUCAGAUCAAGAAGCCAACGAGGGAGAAUGGGCCGGAUUUCCAGACCGACCAAAUCUUGACAUUGUUGAUCACGAGGAGGAGUACAUAGACGAAGAUCGAUACACAACAGUCACAGUGGAGUCGGUCUCAAUAUCACGCGAUGGAUUAGAACGGCCGGAGAAGCCCCAAGAAAAGGCCGAGGAGGAUGAAGAGCAGGAAAAGGAGAAUGCGGAUCAAGACAAAUCAAAAACCCCGGCAAGACCUAAAAAGAAGAAGCAAAAGUUCCGUUACGAGUCGAAAAUCGAGAGGCAGCUUACGGACAGGAGACAAAGGGCAAAAGGCAAAGCCAAG